AUGGCUUCGGCUUCGGCUUCAUCGGUUGUGACUACGGCAUCAUCGACAGUACUGGAGAAGUCAACUUCAGUGACGGCUCUAGCUGUGGCUUCGUCGAAGGGGAAGCAUUACAGAGGAGUAAGACAACGGCCAUGGGGGAAAUUUGCAGUGGAGAUCAGAGAUCCGGUGAAGAACAGCUCUAGAGUUGGGCUUGGUACGUUCGAGGUAGCUGAGGAAUCUCCUGUGCCAAUUUUUGUAAGAACUAGGGCAGAAUUUGUUUUCAUUUUUUUUUUCAAAAAUUUCUUACGAUGGAGACGGCUGAGGAUCUGGGCAAGUUCGUUGCCGAAGGAACAGGGUCUUAGGAGCUAUUCGGUCAUUCCGAGAGGGUGCAAGGGACGUGUUGUUCGUUGA